UUAGCUCUGGGUAUGCGAGGGAAAGUUACGACUGUAUCCAAAUAAAUGAAGUCAUAUGGCUGUGUACACUUGUAAAACAACAAAUGAAAUAUGCUUUGAUAUGGUACACCAUCAAAAUUCUGUAAACAGUGAAUUUUUUUCCUGAGUCGAAACAAAGUUGGUUGGAAAUCCUAUUAUCAGGUAUGUCACACAGGUCAAUAAUCAGCAGUCAGGUUAAUAGGAUCCUUGCUGAAGCUGUGAAUGUGUUUUGAUAUUCCUAGACAUCGUAUAUGUGCCUUAAAAACGUUAAAAAUGUACUCCCCUGCGGAAAUUGAGAGAAAGCGGAUGCUGGCACUGCAGAAAAAGGCCCAACUGAAUCAAAAUCGAGUGGACAAUGAUCAAUCGAUGAGUCCUGCUGCUAAAAGAAAACCAGUUCCAGCAGAAUCAGGGAAUCAACCCAAAUUAGUCUUGUGUAGUACACCCCCUAAUGUUAAGAGAAAAUGGGAGUCAAAUCACUCUUCUGGAAAUCAUCCAAAACAAGUGAAGACAACGACGACAAUUCAACCUGCCAAGUUUUUUGGUAAAACAGAGAAAAUCAAGGCGGCAUGCAGGAUGAUCAGCAGCACUCGGUUCGAAGUGGAGGUGAUUUACCACACACAACUCAUAGAAUUCUUCAAGACCAUUCCCACCAGAGUGUACGAUCAAAAGAUGAAGAUCUGGAAUUUUCACAUUGACGAUUAUGCCUCAGUUAUCAACGGAAUCAAAUCACAAUUCGCUGAGUACGUCACUGUCUCUGGGAUCCCCCAAUUCGUCCUACAAGCUUUUAAGAAUGCACUGAAGAAAAAGGCGACGACGGAGGCAAUCCUGUCGAAGGUCGACGAAACGUUGAUCUCCAAGCUAAUGCCUUUCCAGCGUGAUGGAAUCGUCUUUGGAAUUCAGAAAAAUGGCAGGUGCAUGAUAGCUGAUGAGAUGGGCCUGGGUAAGACCAUCCAGGCCCUGGGAAUUGCACAUUAUUUCAAGGAGAGUUGGCCGUUACUCAUCGUCACACCCUCGUCGAUAAGGUACCAGUGGUCAGAAGCUAUCCACGAUUUUUUGCCAUCAGUUCCCCACCACCAUAUUUUUCAUUACACCAGCUGCAAGGAUUGCCUUGAAAAGGAGAAGAUUACCAUUGUUUCUUAUGAUUUGCUGUCCAGGAAUAUUAAUGUCUUUCUGAAGAAAGCCUUUGGUUUCGUAAUCUUCGACGAGUCUCACAGCCUGAAGAGUUAUAAAACCGAGAGAACGAAAUCAGCUCAGGCAGUAGCAUCAGCAGCCAGGCACGUUCUGCUACUGACCGGUACCCCAGCUCUGUCCCGACCCAUCGAACUCUUCUCCCAGAUAUGUCUGCUGAAUCGUAACUGGAUUAAAAUCCACGACUACGGGAUGCGCUACUGCGAGGGAAAGAAGGGGCCCUUUGGUUGGGACUACCAGGGAGCAUGUAACACAACAGAGCUGCAGUUAUUCCUGAAAGCCUCAAUCCUCAUCAGGCGGUUGAAAUCCGAGGUAUUGACUCAGCUUCCUGAGAAAGUCCGACAAAUCGUCAUGCUCGAUCCUGAAUUAAUUAAGGAGGGAACCAAGGAGAUGAAAAAAAUGGCUGAAAAGCUUCAACAAAGUACACUCAAGGGAUUUGAAAAACAUACUGAGUUGUUGAGGUACUAUGCAGAGUCUAGUAAAUUGAGAUUGACUGCUGUUGGAAAUUAUGUCAAGGACUUGAUCGAUAAGAAUCAAAAAUUCAUCAUUUUCGCUCAUCACCAGUGUGUCCUUGACAAAAUCUCAGAGGUUUUGAUUAAAAAUGGAGUAACAUUUAUUCGCAUCGAUGGCAAGACAACUGCGGAAUUGAGAAAGGCAUAUGUCGAUCAAUUUCAAGAGUCAGAUGAUUGUCUGGUUGCAGUAUUGUCCAUAACUGCCGCUAAUUCUGGACUUACCCUCACCGCUGCUAGUCUUGUUGUCUUUGCCGAGCUCUAUUGGAAUCCUGCGGAGUUAACUCAAGCUGAGGCCAGGGCUCAUCGCAUUGGUCAAAGAAAUUACGUGAUAAUUCAGUACUUAAUAGCAAAGGGCACAGUAGAUGACAUUCUCUGGCCACUGCUGCAAACCAAAGCUCAUUUCCUGAAAAAUGCUGGCCUGGAUCAGAAUUUCUCCCUCUCCCAAGCAGAACUGAAAAUUCAAGCGAGUGAGGAGCCCACAAAUGACAAAACAGCGACCUUGGAGACCUUUGGAUUCUCCCAGGCGAUCUCCUCGAGUCAGGAGGAAGAAUUUUCGACGCCCAUGGAGACAUUCUCCCCCAAGUCCCAAAAAAAUGGACCUUGUAAUCCUAGGACAGCUGAAACUCCACAGGAGGCUGUUAAACGUGAUGUCUCGGUGUCUGAGGAUUUCGCGAAAUUAUUGGAAGAAGAUGACGAGGACUUUGAGAACAUUGACCUCGAUGGCAUAUCCUGAAUAUUUAUUUAGUUCAUAAAAUCAUGUGUAAAUACUGUGCAUUGUUUUUUACCAAUAAAAUGUGUUGAUGGUUAUUAGCAAAAUUAAUGAUUUUGUUA